ACUCUUUCCUCCAACUCAAAAACCCCUCAAACCUAACCAAAAAUCAAAAUUAGCAAAAACACCCACUUAUAAUCUGAGCUGGGUAAUUUAUUUUUCUCCAAAUUUUCAUCUCCAUUUUCAAUAUUUGAACAUGACUGUUGAAGUCUCAGUUGAAGAAACCAAGAAUACAGAGGUUGUUGUUUCUGAGAAACAGGCUAAAAUGGUGAACGAAAAUGAAGUUGAUGAAAAAGUUGUGGAAAACACUCAAAAUGUAGAAGAUGAGCCAAAACCAAGUGUGGUUGAAAAGAGUUCUUCUUACAGGGAGGAGAGUAAUUACCUCUCUGACCUUAAAGACGGCGAGAAGAAAGCGUUGUCGGAGCUGAAAUUGAAGGUGGAAGAAGCGAUUUCUAGUAACACCCUCAUUGUAUCAGAGGUUAAAAAAGACAAGGAACAUAUAUCCAAUGAAAAGAAGGAUAAAACAGAGGAAACUGAUGAAAAAGUGGAUGAAAAAUCCAUUAAAGAAGAAGAAUCAGAGACAAAAACAGAGGAAAUUGAGGAUAUUUCCAUAUGGGGAGUGCCUUUAUUAUCUGGUGAAGGCUCAGAUGUUAUCCUAUUGAAGUUCUUAAGAGCUAGGGAGUUUAAGGUAAACGAAGCGUUCGAGAUGCUAAAGAAAACUCUUGUUUGGAGGAAAGAUUUUAAGAUUGAGUCGAUCUUAGAUGAGGAUUUGGGUGAAGAUCUCGCCAAUGCAGCCUAUAUGAAGGGCAAUGACAGAGAAAAUCACCCGGUUUGUUACAACAUUUUUGGUGUUUUUGGCAAUGAAGAGCUUUAUCAGAAGACUUUCGGGACCGAGGCGAAAAGAGAGCAGUUCUUAAGGUGGAGAUUCCAAUUCAUGGAGAAGGGAAUUCAAAAGCUCGAUUUUAGGCCUGGUGGAGUUACCUCAAUUCUUCAAGUGUAUGAUCUAAAGAAUUGCCCUGGACCUUCAAAGAAGGAAAUUAGGAAUGCUACCUACAAAGCUGUUGGACUUCUUCAGGAUAAUUAUCCUGAAUUGGUUGCCAAAAAUGUAUUCAUUAAUGUGCCAUUUUGGUACUAUGCUUUUUACUCCCUUAUUUCACCUUUCUUGACUCAAAGAAGCAAGAGCAAGUUUGUUGUUGCUAGACCACCUAAAGUCACUGAAACUCUUCUCAGGUAUAUCCCAUUGGAUGAAAUUCCAACUCAAUAUGGUGGGUUCAAGCGCGAAAAUGAUUCCGAAUUCAGUGCAGAAGAUGGUGGAGUUUCGGAAAUUAUCUUAAAACCAGGAUCAACUGAAACAAUUGAAAUCCCAGCACCAGAUGGUGGAUCAACAGUGACAUGGGAUUUAGCUGUUUUGGGUUGGGAAGUGAGCUACAAGGAGGAAUUCAUUCCAACAGAUGAGGGAUCUUACACUGUCAUUAUCCAAAAACAGAAGAAAAUGGAUUCGAUCGAAGGGCCAGUUCGUAACUCAUUCAAGAACAAUGAGCCUGGGAAGGUUGUGCUUACCAUUCAGAACCAAUCAAAGAAGAAGAAACGCGUCUUUUGUCGACACCAGAAUCAGAAGAAUUGUUCUGCCUGAUAACUUUUUAUUAAGUUUAAUGGAGUUUUCUGUUUAUAUGAUUUAUAAGAUUUAUGUUCAUUGUUAUUGGUUGAGUAGAAGUUUUAUUCAUGAAAUUCUUUGUAGGACAUGCUUGGCUCAUUCUUUUUAGGUGGAAGUUUAUGUAUUUUUGGAGAUGGUUAUUGCAAUUCAUUUGUUCUGAGUGAAAA